CUAGAACUCAAUAUUUUGUCGCGGUCAUCUCGUUUUGGGUCACGUGGUCCGCGGCGAAAAGUGUGGCCUGCACAAAAAGAAUUGACUGAGUCGGUUUCUUCUCGCGGAAGGGAAUUCUCUGGGCAUUUCUGGGACAUUGACUACUAGAGAAAAUCAAUUUAAACUCUUCGCUUUCGUUUUAAUGUUAACUGGUCAAGGCGGAACAUAUUUUCAUAUGAAUGGUUUCCCACGCAGACUCGUUUUGAAACAGAAGCAAAAGGCAAGUCGGAAAUGGCCUAUUCUGAUUGAGGCUACCGCGCUAACAUCAGCGCAGGAAGCCAUUUUUUCGUUUGUUUUGCUUAAAUCAUGUCUUCACUAAUUAAUUGCAGCCGCAAAGAAAAUGCGAUCGUCCAAUGCAUCGACAAGCUCGCCAGAAGCAGCGGUCAACGAGAAACAAGAAUCGAAGAGGAAACGAAAAAAUCUUACGAAAGAGCAAUUGGAAAUUCUUGAAGCCGUUUAUGCGAGAGACAAGUACCCUCACAUCGAAGAAAGGUUAAAGCUGGAAGGACCAACCAAGCUCACUGAAGAUCGGAUACAAGUCUGGUUUCAAAACAGACGCGCAAAGGACAGGAAAAAAAUAGAGGUCGAAAAACUGCAACAAUCUUUUGAAAACAACCAGGUUGCAGAGUGCGAAGGAAACGGUGUUGAUUCGAGAAACGCACCGAGUUACAGCCCAGCUAAAUCAAUUCAGAGCCCCGAACGAAAAAACAGCAACAGUGGUAGUGACAUCAGUGAUAACGACAAUUUAAGUUGCGGUGGAUCUCCAACAGAAUAAUUUGGUCAACAAAACUUUGGCAUUUCAAGGGGGUAGUAUUCUUUUUUCGCGAUCAUACAUAUCGCAUAAAUGUGUGAAUCUGAGUGAUUUUUUUUCAGUUCUUCCCGACAAACAUGAUCUGCCGUGGUAUCUGUGAAUUUAAAAUAUCAUAAUAUUGUGAUUUUUAUUUGAGUGUCGAAAAGUAAUUGGUUUUGCACUUACACGACUGGCUUAUAAAACCUCGCGCCACUUU